AUGCGAACUCUCAUUGGCCUCUACUUGGACAUUUUUUGCAUGUACGGACAGAGAAUGAAGUCCCCAAUUUCGCUUGUGGAGUUGGGUAGGGUUGUUCAACAUGAGAUCGUUAAUGUCAACAUCAUGUCACAACGACAGUUUGAGAAAAACUUCGGUGCGUAUAAAAACAAUCUUUUAGAGGUUGCGUCUGUUCAGGUUAUGCAGGGCGCAGAGAGCGAGUCAGCAAGUGCUUUCCAGCCGGAGGAUGAGAAAGGUCACAGUUGA